CACAUUCUAAGUGGAGGGGCGGAGAUAAAUGGCAAGCAAGCUUGCAGGAGAUAUAAGGGAUAAAAACAAGAUUCUUAUGCCCCAAGUUAUGAAACCAGCUCAGGGCUGUGCCUGCAGGGAAGAUUGCUCAAGGGCAAGCCUUCUCCUCGGCUCUCAAAGCUGAGGCCUGCCCCCAGAGUCAGGUGACAGACUAUUAGUUUAAAGGCGGAAGAGGAACGGAGAGGGCGCCGAGCCUAGAGGCUAGUCCUGCCCCGGUGCUGAAAGCACUGCUGUUGCUUGCUGCCAUUCCUCUCCGGAGGAGAGAACAUGCGUAGGGAUGGCCGUCUGUGGGCCACGGCUCGCGCCGCCGCCGCCGCCGCCCGCCCGGCCCUGCUGCUGCUCCUGCUGCUCCCGCCGCUCCUGCCGGGAUGCUCCGCAGAACCCAAGCGCUACGAACCUAACUGGGAGUCGCUGGACGCCCGCGAGCUCCCCGCUUGGUUCGAUGAGGCUAAGUUCGGGAUCUUCAUUCACUGGGGCUUGUUUUCCGUGCCCAGCUUCGGGAGCGAGUGGUUCUGGUGGUAUUGGAGACAGUUAAAAAUACCGGAGUUUGUGGAGUUUAUGGAUGCUAACUAUCCUCCAGGAUUCACAUAUGAAGAAUUUGCACAGGAAUUUAAAGGAAUGUUUUUUAAUGCCAGCGCCUGGGCAGAUAUGUUGGAGUCCUCAGGUGCCAAGUACAUCGUCUUAACUACCAAACAUCAUGAAGGUUUCAACCUCUGGAAAUCUAAUAAUUCGUGGAAUUGGAAUUCUGUUGAUGUGGGGCCAAGACGGGACAUUGUAAAAGAACUGGAAGUAGCCAUUAAAAAUAGGACCAACAUGCACUUUGGCCUGUACUACUCCCUUUUUGAAUGGUUCAACCCCCUUUUCCUUCAGGAUAAAAAUAAUUUCUUCCAGACAACAUAUUACCCACUCUCUAAAAGCAUGCCUGAUCUCUAUGACUUAGUAAACACAUACAAGCCUGAGAUUCUCUGGGCAGAUGGUGAUGGAAAUGCACCAGAUACUUACUGGAACAGCACUGGCUUCUUAGCCUGGCUAUAUAAUGACAGUCCAGUUCGCGAUGUAGUUGUAACCAAUGAUCGAUGGGGCCUUAAUAACAUCUGCAAGCAUGGUGGCUACUAUACCUGUGAUGACCGUUACAACCCUGGACACCUUUUGCCUCACAAGUGGGAAAACUGUUUGACGAUAGACAAGGAAUCUUGGAGUUACAGGAGGAACGCUGUACUCUCUGACUACCUCACAAUUGAAGAAAUAGUGGAGGAACUAGUGUCAACAGUUUCAUGUGGAGGAAAUUUUUUGAUGAAUAUUGGUCCCACAAAAGAUGGCAUUAUUGCUCCAAUAUAUGAAGAACGUUUGGCCCAAAUAGGAGCCUGGCUGAAAAUCAAUGGGGAAUCCAUUUAUGGAACCAAACCUUGGCGAGCACAGAAUGAUACCAUCACACCAAGAGUCUGGUAUACAUCAAAACCUAAAGAAAAUCUGGUCUAUGCUGCAUUCCUUCAAUGGCCUACAUCAGGGAUACUAGUACUUGGUGAGCCCACAGCGACCGUUGAGUCAACAGAAGUCAAAUUACUGGGUUAUGAAUAUCCACUUAAAUGGACUUCUCUGCCAAAUCACGGAAUAGUGGUGGAACUUCCACAGCUAACUCUUGAUGAAUUGCCAUCUAAAUGGGGCUGGUCCCUAGAAUUGAAAAAUGUAUAUUGAAUGAUGGAAACUCAUUCUCAAGUGGGAGGUUUACCUAUGUUCUCCUCUUUGUGGAAGGGAAACAUGCUACAAAUGAACCUAAGACUGAAUUCUUUCACAUUGAGUACAUAAAGUAGAAUGGAGAACCAGGAGAACAGCCAAAGUGAACCAAAGAGUGGAAGCGAUUAUUUGGUUGAUAAGGGUUUGUUCUGAGCCUGAAUUGCUCAGUUAAUUGCUUCAGUUUUCUAAUGUUCUUGGCUGUCAGAGAAUUGUUUCUUGGAUAUUGUGUGUAUGGUGGGGAGGAUUUUAAAAGUGAGCUGUCAGUUGCUAUCCUAGAACUCAGGUGAUUGUAAUUACGUCUAGGUAAUUUGUUUUGCUUCUCACCAUUUUUUCUUACCUUUAAUCCUUUGGACAAAGACCAUCUAGGACUAAUUUAUGGCCAAAUUUCUGACCUAAGCAGUAACUCUUAUGUUAGAAACCAGGAAGGCUAUUUUUCUGAUCCUGUGAUCAGAAAAAGUAGACUUCAUUCUAACAGGUAAAUAUUGACUCAAAAAGAAAAUUAAGGACUUAGUACUCUUUGUUGCAUACUGGGAUAAAGUCAAUAGUUACCAAUAAAGCCUCCAUUUUGAAUGUUAGGUGUUUUCAAUUCGCUUAUGUCAAUCAAAUAAAUCAGCUACUGGCAGUUUUAUAAUUUGUCUAUCCAGAGAAUUAUUGUAAUGAAAGAGUAUUGUCAUGUACUAAUGUUUUGAUGGAGUGAUUUUUUUUAAAUGUGUUUGUGCUUUAGGCAUAAUUAAGACAUUCUAGUAUAUAUAUGCCGCCAUAUUUUAGUUUAAUAAUAAAAAUGUCCUCUGGGGUUUCAUGAACAAUCAGUAAUUAUUAUAAGACCAUAUAAAAAAAACCACCCAAGAAUUAGAGUAGUUUUGGGAUACGCUUAUAAAUACUAAUUUGUUCUCCCUCAACAUCCUUAUAACAGUAUUCUCCUUACAGCAAACACACCAUGAAAAAAAUCUAUAGGACAUCAUAUAAAUGCUUUGGCAGGGAAGAAACUAGAGCUGACAGCUGACCACUCAUAAGGUGUUGCCAACUUUUUGUUUGACAGGGAAUCUUCUAAGAUAAAAACCUAUUAAUAAGGGAAGUUACUAUGUUUAUUUUUAUUCUCUCUUUGGUCUGGGGUAUAUGAGACAAUUAAGAGCUUAAAAAAUUUUAGAUGUUUAUAAAUGCUUGUCUCUGUUGGCUAGACAUUUCUUUCAGUGAAUAACCCAGAAAACAAUAAAAUACAUAUUAAUUGUUCAGGCCCUGUGAGGACCUUUGUAAAUAUCUGGAAGAUAAAGAUAAAAUUAGGAAAUCAAACUGAAAAACAAAAUUUUACUGUGACAAGUAACU